AUAAUUAAAACAAUCGGAAUGGCAAGAUAAUCUGGCGGAGUGAUAACGAGUGCCGUUUUUCCAAUCACGCAGUCGAAGCCCGAUGCGCGAGCGCUGCCUAGCUCUCUAUUCCCAUAAUUAGAAAAAAAACAAUGUGAUAUUUUCUGUGCCGGUGAUAGAUCAGAACAUCAAUAUGGUGCUGUGUCCUCCGUUCCGGUGGUCAUCCAAAGGUGGAUUUUCUCUAAACAAAGUGCAACGCACGCAUCCUGCUCGUCCCACACGACGCGAGACAAUCGCAAUAUUUCCCGAGGCGUUAGGAGAGUUUUCACCAAGGAGCAAUGGAGAAAUUACAAAUGGAUACUCUCCAGCGCCGAACAAGAUCAGUAGCUUGUCUGCUGUUGACCUGUCCGUUAUUGAAGACAUCAAAAAGACCAGUGCUGUGAGCCAGCAGAGCAGAGAAUCCAGAUCCAGUCACAUGGAUGCAGAUAGCGGCGUAGUGGAUGACCGAAAAAGUAGCGCAGGUCGUAAGACUAUUGCGGACUUAGUCCGAAUUGACCCUAAUAAACAAGAGCGCAAAAGAAGAGCAGUUAUUGCACCCCCGGUGACCGUCGACGCCUCGGAUCUACAGUAUGAUAAAUUUGAAAAAGAUCAAAGAUCUGCUGCACAAAUCAGUAAAGCCGUUAUGGCUAAUGAUUUCUUGAGGAAUUUGAUGGACGAAGAAAGACUGAAAGCCGUUGUGGAAGCCAUGAGCUCGCAGGACUGUCCAGCAGGCAGCCUCAUUAUCCGGGAAGGGGAGAGUGGCAGCCACCUGUACGUUUCAGCACAUGGACAGUUCGAAGUCUUGAAAGGAGGUCAAGUGGUCGGCGCCUUCGGAGCCGGUGAAGCGUUUGGCGAAUUAGCAAUUUUAUACAAAGCCAAACGAUUCGCAUCUAUACGCUGUAUAACAGAAGCGAAAGUAUGGACGCUGGAGAGGCGAGUGUUCCAGAAGAUCAUGGUGCGCAGCGGGCGUCAGGAGCAAGAAGAUAACGUGCGAUUCCUCGCGUCAGUGCCCUUGCUGCAGGGCAUCCACCCCAUUGAACUCACUAAGAUAUCCGGGUUCUUGAAGAGGGAGUUCUUCUCAGCUGGUACGGCUGUUGUGCGACAAGGGGAUCGUGGGGACAAGUUUUACAUCAUCCGUGGUGGUACCGUAGUGGUGACGAAGCGAGAGGGCGACGCGGGAGAGAACCGCGUGGGCACGCUGCGGCGAGGAGACUAUUUCGGCGAGCAAGCGUUGCUACACGAGGACCGGCGGCUGGCCACCGUCACGGCGCAGCCGCCCGGAGUUGAAUGCCUCACCCUUGAACGAGGGCCUUUCACAGAACUACUGGGUGAUCUAGAUGAAUUGAGACUAAAACGGCAUACAGUGCCGCGACCCUCCCAGCAAAGCAAGACAUCGCAAGUCAGAAGCGAGUUCGAGUACGUGGAACUAAAAGACUUGGAGAUCGUUGGCACGAUGGGCGUGGGCGGCUUCGGGCGGGUCGAGCUGGUGCAGUACCGGCCCGACAAGACCAUCACCUUCGCGCUCAAGUGCCUCAAGAAGAUCGACAUGGUCCAGCAGCAGCAGCAGGAGCACGCCUACAACGAGAAGCACAUUAUGAUGGCGUGCGACAGUCCUUUCUUAUGCAAGCUCUACCGCACGUUCAAAGACAACAAGUACAUCUAUUUCCUAAUGGAGCCGGUGCUGGGCGGCGACUUGUGGACCAUCCUGCAGAAGCAGCGCUUCUUCCCAGAGAACGUGUCGCGAUUCAUGACCGCCUGCGUGGUCGAGGCCUUCCAGUACCUGCACUCCAAGGACAUCAUCUUCCGGGAUCUCAAGCCGGAGAACUUGAUGCUGGAUAAGAACGGCUAUAUCAAAUUGGUUGAUUUUGGGUUUGCGAAGAGAAUAUCAGCGAACAGUAAAACUUGGACAUUUGCGGGAACUCCUGAAUAUGUUGCACCAGAAAUUGUGCUGAAUAAGGGACACGACCGUGCAGUGGACUGCUGGGCGUUAGGGGUGUUUAUUCACGAGCUGCUGGUGGGCAAGCCGCCCUUCCGCGCCACCGGCGGCGACCACAUGAAGACCUACACCCUGAUCCUGCGCGGGAUCGAUGCUGUGGCCUUCCACCCGCGCGUCUCCAACUCCGCCAAGAACCUCAUUCGGAAGCUGUGUCGUGCUGUACCGGCCGAGCGACUUGGGUACCUCAAGAACGGAAUGGAUGACGUUAAAAACCAGAAAUGGUUCCUCGGAUUUGACUGGGAAGGCCUACGCGAGCGCCGGCUGAAAGCGCCGCUGGUGCAACCCGUCGCCAACGACUGGGACCUUUCCAACUUCGAAAAGUAUCCCAAAGACAAACUGCCUCCAGAUGAGACGUCGGGUUGGGACAUAGACUUCUGAUCAAUUAAUAGAAGACUUGAUCAAGAAAUGUUUUACAUGGAAAAGUACUUUUAAAUUAUGUAAAUAUUUACCACAAAUCAUGGAGAUACUUUUCAUGGGCUUUCAAAAUGUUGUUUCUCCAUAGAUUUUGAGUAGAAACACCCACCAUGUUACUUGUGGUACACAGUUCCACGCGCUAAUGAGCCAGCUUUUCAAUAGCCUUUAAUUUUAUUCCACGAGUACUAGUUUCGUGCAAAAUGACAAGUUUUUCACUAAAGUUCUUAACGUGAACCGUGCAACAGUCACGGCCUAUAGAAUACAACGAGUUGCCAUAAAUGGAAAAUGUGAUUGUGAUGGGAACCCUACAUCAACCGGGUCAAAUGUUACAACAAGUCUCUUGGUGUCUUGGUGUACAGGCGUUGACAUAUCAAACUUCUGUGACAUUUUAAUUUUGUAAUUUGUGUGCGACUUUUCAACAAAAACGUAAAGCCUAUUGUGUUGACGAUUGUACAUAGUCAUAUACCUACACCUCAACAAAAACCAAAACCUGGCACAAAAUAGAAUUAAAAGCCGAGAUUAUUCAUUUAUUUAGGAUAAGUUAAAUGUAAUAAUAAUUUAAGAUGUACUUAACUAAAUGAAUGUGUAAGAACAAUAUUAAAGCAAGAUAGAAAUAAAU